UAACUCUAAAUAUGGACAGAUAUGUGAUCAUCGAAAAAAUUGGUGAAGGUGCUCAGGGAAUAGUUUUGAAAGCAUGUGAUACACUAGAAGAUAAAAAUGUAGCAUUAAAGAAAUUGUUUUUAAAAAAUGUUGAAAAUAGUAUAUCGACGUCUAUUAUGCGUGAAAUGAAAAUUUUACAACAAUUAAAACAUCAUAAUAUUAUAAAACUGCUAGAUGCUUUUCCUGUUGGCCUAGAUUUUAUAAUGGUGUAAACCUGCAAAUUUAUUGAUAAAUGAAAAAGGUAUUCUAAAGAUAGCUGACUUUGGUUUGGGAAGAUUAAUGUGGACAGAUAUGUGUAGACCAUAUUCUCAUCAAAUUGCUACUAGAUGGUAUCGAGCACCUGAAUUAUUAUAUGGAGCUAGAUAUUAUACAUCAGCUAUUGAUAUGUGGUCUAUUGGUUGUAUUUUUGGUGAAUUACUUAAUAAAUCACCUUUAUUCCCUGGAGAAACAGAUAUUGAGCAACUGGCAAUAGUGUUGAAAUAUUUAGGAUCUCCUACACCAGAAACUUGGCCUGAAUUGAGUUCAUUGCCUGACUAUAAUAAAAUUACAUUUCCAUUUCAUAUAGGACUAUCAUGGGAAGAUAUUAUUGAAGAUGCUCAACCUGAAGCUAUUGAUCUUAUCAGUAAAAUACUUAUUUAUGAUUCAUCACACCGUUUAACUGCUAAUAAGGUGAGUUUUGAAAUCAUAUCAAAAUUUAGCAGAUGUAAAAUAACCUUAUCCUUCAUUAAAAAAUUUAAUGAAACCAUCAACUAAUCAUCGCAAUCAAAUAAAACAAAAAGAAAUUAUUAUAAAUACACAAGUUACAACGCUUUUCGAAAAUUUAUUAGCUAUAGCAUGAUGUUUGCGAGACAAAGAAGGAAUGAAGAUGUAAAAUUUUUUAAAUCGGAAAAAAGUUAUAAGAUAUUAGUCUUGCGAUUAUUUAAUAUUUUGGAAAGAAUCUAAUAACUUCUCCCAGGUGUAGCAUUAAAUGUAAGAUAAAGAACUUACUCAUUCUGGUUAGGUAACAUUCAUUUAUUAAUAAUAAACUAUUUUUCAUUUAUUUAUUUUUAUAAAAUGCAAAGAAUCUUUUAAAUAUUUCAU